AAUUUCACUCCCAUUGUCACGCAGAAACAGACGCACGUUCUCUCCUGUUUCCACCUUACAUUCGAACAAUACAUAACCAAGAAAAUACUAUCCAUUUCCUUCCUCUGUAAUAACAGAAACAGAAAAACACACUGGCAAAGAACAAACGACAUCUUUCACCUACUUCAUCCGCUUCCCAUAAUUGUCCCAAAUGAAAUCAAUGGAAUGAAUAACUCUUCUUCCAGCACCAAGUCAAAGAAUCCAACAUCAAAAGCAACAAAAAUGUCGUCGUCAUCUUCCUCAACAUCAAGAAAAGAUACAAUUUUCAUAACCAGUUUGAUAAUCCUUUGGUACUCCACCAACAUUGGAGUCCUCCUACUCAACAAAUUUUUGCUCUCCAACUAUGGAUUUGCCUUCCCAAUUUUCCUCACCAUGUGCCACAUGUCAGCCUGUGCCAUCCUCAGCUAUGUCUCCAUUGUUUUCUUGAAAGUAGUGCCGCUACAGAGGAUCAAAUCAAGGUCCCAGUUCUUGAGGAUUGCUACUCUCAGCGUCGUAUUUUGUGGGUCCGUUGUCGGUGGCAAUAUUUCCUUAAAGUAUUUGCCGGUGUCCUUUAAUCAGGCAGUCGGUGCAACCACUCCAUUUUUCACUGCAUUGUUUGCUUAUUUUAUGACCCUUAAAAAGGAGGCUUGGGUUACCUAUGUUUGUCUUGUGCCUGUGGUUGCUGGGGUUGUCAUUGCAAGUGGGGGUGAGCCAAGCUUCCAUUUGUAUGGAUUUAUCAUGUGCGUAAGUGCUACUGCAGCGAGAGCUUUUAAGUCUGUUCUUCAGGGAGUCCUCCUUUCUAGUGAAGGGGAAAAGUUGAACUCCAUGAAUUUGUUGCUUUAUAUGUCCCCAAUUGCUGUCGUGGUAUUACUUCCUGCAGCACUUACAAUGGAACCUAACGUAUGGGAUGCAACUAUAUCACUUGCAAUGGAACAUAAAUUCAUGUGGGUACUACUUUUGCUUAAUUCAUCGAUGGCUUAUGGAGCCAACUUGUGCAAUUUCUUGGUGACGAAGCAUACAAGUGCAUUAACGCUCCAGGUAUUAGGCAAUGCAAAAGGUGCUGUGGCAGUUGUCAUUUCAAUACUCCUUUUCCGAAAUCCUGUUACCUUUAUUGGAAUUGCUGGAUAUUCUAUGACCGUUAUGGGGGUCGUUGCUUAUGGAGAAUCUAAGCGUAGGCACAAAUGAUCUUUUGUAAUUUGUACUGCCUUUUUUUUUUUUUACUCUAAGAGAUUGGUAGGUUGAGAAAUUUUAUUGUACUAGAGGAGGACAGGAGAUUAAUUUAAUUGUAGUGCUUUUCUUAUGUGCGUUGGGAUUUAUGUAACUAUAGAUGAUUUUUUUUCUUCGACCAUCUGAGUCCCGGAUGAUUAGUUCUGGGAUUUUAUUGGAUGGUUUGUCCUGUAAUGACAUUCAGAUAUAGUCAUUUGAGGUUAUUUUCAUGUA